AUGCGGAAGAGUGGAGAGGCUUCCUCCCUUCAACAUCAACAUCAAACACAUGGUUUAAUGCAGGGCCAAUUUCAAAGUGAUGAUUUCAAAGCGAUCUUGGUAACGAUGUUCAUUCUAGGUUUAACGAUUGCUGGUCCUGUUUCGGCAGCAAGUAAUGCCCUCACUCUUGAGGUGAAUCCUUCGGGUCCUCGAACCGACUGGCCCGAUAAUGCAAAUCUUUUGAAUUUGGGGAUGUGGGUAGAUUAUGCAAUUUUCGUUGGUAUAGUUGCUGUGUGUAUUGUGUUGAUUGGCAUUCUGCUCGAGUCCAUGGAUUGCAUCAUUUGGUGUUCCCGUAGAGUUUGUAAUUGUUGUGGAGGAUCCAAAUUGGAGGGAUAUCAUCCUUACUCAGGACCUGCCUACACAAAAGGGCGUAUUCGAUGUAUGGGUACCAUGGUUCUUUCGACAUUUGUGUUGAUUGUGAUCUUGGGAGGAGUGUUUGUCGCAUUCAAUGCCUUAUUCUCGAUCAACUUACGACGAGUGAUCUCUACUGCAGAAGUAAUAAUUUCGAAUAUCAACGGAACGAUCAAUGCAGCAGUCGAUGCCACUGUGAUUGGUGUGCCUUUGAGUGUGGCUGCCUCCAUUUCAUCGAUUAAGCAAAAGACCAUAGUACCAGCAAAGCAACUGUGUGACAAUGUUCAAACUAUUGAACCUUUACUCACACAAGCUAAAGAUACCAUGAUAAUUGUUGGAAACCAGAUAUCAUCCAUUGAUGACAAUGUCAAUACAAUAACCAAUUUGGCCCAAACAGUAAGGUCGAAACUCGUCUUUCGAGCAAGCGCCAUUUCCAAGCCAGACUCAAAUUUAUUGUCUUCAUUCACAAGCGGAAAUAACUUUUUGUUGUAUAAGGAUUCCACCAAUGCUGCAAUCGAUGAUGCCUUAGAUAAGGUCGUAUUAACACAUCAGUCAUGCUCCUAUACUAUAUCUGAUGCAGAAACAAAAAUUGGAGACACAAAAAAUGGCCCCUUUAAAUCAGCCAUUUCAACCAUUCAAUCUGGCAUCCUGAAUAUCUUGGGGGUUGCCAUGAGUUUGUUCAAGAAAAUACCGCCCGACACUGUCUCAGACGCCACCCUUUAUGUAAACAUUGGUGACUCUGUAAGAAUAUCCAUUGAGAUGGUCAUUCUUGUCGUUCCCUUAUCUAUGUACCUUUUUGCCUUGGUGGGUAUCUGUUUUAGAGUCAAAUGGUUUAUGAAACUUUCUGCAUGCUUUUCAUGUACAUUGUACUGGCUCCUCUUCCUGCUUUCAGCUCUCCAUAUUAUUGUAUAUAUUGUGUUGAAUGAUGCCUGCUUCAAUAUAACAACAAGAGGUGUCACAAUUGUUAGCGCUGUCACAAAUAUGACCGGUAUAGACUUGGAAGCAUCUGUAGGAUUACCAACAUCACAACUCAUUAAUGGCGUUGCAAAUUGUGGAAAGUAUGACAACUUUGUGAAUUCCACAAUUGGAAAUGCUGAGGCUGUCACAACAUUUGUGACCAACAAGUUCAACAUGGGCAAUGGAUUUUCGAGCGGAUUAAAUGAUCUUUCGGCCUCCAUGACCAUUGAUACAAACAGUAUAGCAAUUGGUGAUAACUUGCAGUCUAAAUUCAACGCAUUGAACCUUGACUACAAUUCAAUGGCAUCCUCGUUUAAUUCAAGCUUGAAAACAUUUGAAACUGAUUUACUUAAUGUUAGUAACCAAGCAAACGCAACUCUUCAAACAGAGCUUGCUAAUUCAUCUCAAAAUAUGAGCUCUAUCCGUUCAUAUUGUGUGGGCAGAGAAAAUCAAACACUCUGUAUCAGGUACGCAGAGUAUUUAAACGCCACAAAACAAUAUGAUGAUUGUAGCACAAUUAUUCAGAGCAUUCGUCAGCAAUUAACUGAAAUUGAAAGUACAGUUUCAAACAUUAAUGACGACCUACAGACCAAUUUGGCGCCUGUUCCAACUAAAAUCUCAAAUAUUGUAACUGAGUUGUCCAGUAAUAUGACCAAACUCGUAAAUGACACUGUGGCACUCGCUCCCACUUUGCUAUCAGACACAAUGCAAAAAAUCAUCUCAGAUUUCAGCUCUCCUCUCAAAUGCACCUAUGUUCCUGCUGCACUGAAUGAUGUGAACGAGAGCGUGUGUGACGGAGGAAUUGUGCUAGAUUCAUUGGUUAUUGGAGCCUCCUCAUUCGUCAUUGGUAUCGCGUGUGGUGUUGGAUUUGUGUACAUCCUCCUUGUUGACAAGUACAUUACGUACCGAUUAAUUAAGGAACAAUCUAAGAAGGGCUCCAAGAAGAAGGCCAAACAACCUUCAAAGCUUGUCGAGUUGCCGUCCCUCCAACUCGAAGAUACUCCAGCGCUUGAAAAGACAGUAGAUUUUGGUCAAGAUGAUUUAGGAAAUACCUUCCAAUAUUGA